AGUCAUUUGUGCAUUGGUUUUUACUUCGUCAGUACAGCAUUGGGGCUUCGCGCUGCAAACGACAGAUCUAGGCCGUUUUUUAAGCCAGAGAAAGUACGAAUGGGUACAUUCAUCUUCUUUGUACUAUUUCUACUUCAUUGGACAUAUGUGGCCGUAACCAAUUUGGAUGAGUCAUGCGACGGGCAUAGUGCAGAGUUCGAAAUUGUGUUUGAAAGCAAAGUUGAUUUGAAAAUGCAACUCGAAGAAAAGUUCACUUCUCUUUUGAAGAAGUAUCCGAACUUGUUACAAAGUGAGGUGAACGUUCAAUCUACAUUGAUAAAACCACAUGUGACUAAGAGAUUGGUCACUCCAACAAAUGCUCCAAUCAAGACGACAACCAAACGACACCGUCAAUCCACUGCUCACUCUACUAAACCUUUAACCAAAGCCUACAAACAAACAAACUCUAGUGUUAUGACUUUCCCUAUAACAACUGAAAAAUUUGUCACGACCACUCCAUCCCGGGGAACAUCAACUAUGGAAACAUCAACUGAUUCAACCCAAACCACAGUUAACCUUACAACGUUACCAGAUUGUUAUUUUACCUACAAAGAAAAAAGGUUUCGAGUGAUUCUUUCGUCAAACAUUGCGUUUGCAGCAGGAAAAGGGCUUUGCGAGAAUAAUGGAAUGCAUUUGGCAAAUAUUUAUGAUGAACUUCACUAUAAUGAAACUAAACAAUAUGUACUCCAAAACAUACUUCCAAAUCAUGACCAAGUUAACAUACAUCUUUGGACUGGAAUGACGUAUGAAAAUGAUCAAAUAAAGCUUACUUAUGGAAACACCAGUCACAAUCUCGCCCUUGAAUGGCCCAAAAAUUAUCCUGUAAAAGUUUCUGAAAAUACAAACAUAGUGGUUACAUUUGAUAAAAAUCCCAAAGCUGAAGAAGGACUGUUAAAUUAUGCAGCACAUAAUGAGGCUGCAGGGUCUCUCUGCCAAUCCCCUUAACCAAAUAUAGUUGUUAGAUUUAUAGUUGUUUAACAUAAAACAUUAAUAUGAAAAAGCCUAUUUUUAUUAUUCCUCAAUCUGCCGUAAGAACAACAAUAACAAUGCUUCAAUUAUAUAACCGUCUAACUAUUCUAACUGUUAUAGUUUAUAUGGUUAUUUAUAUUAUCAUAACUUCAUCUUUUUCUAUUACGUAUUCAAAUUAUUCUUUUUCUUUCUUAUUUUUUUGUAACCAAAAAUUUGAAUUUUGCAACCCAGCUGCAUCGUUAAAAUAGAACUAAGCUCGGUAAAAUGAAAGGCGACAAUAUAAUUUUUUGUCUUGCAAUGUCCCCUAAAAUAUAAAAACAUAAAAGUAAAGUUAUUUAACAUGCCUAUUUAUUUAUUGGCAAAUGUCCUAGCUCAGACGAAAUAUAUUAAUUCUACUAAAUGAUUGAGAACAUUUCUCCAAUGUCCCACUAUUAUCAUAAUGACGAAGCUUGGUUUAAAUAAUAGUUUUUCUUGUUUUUUUGGUGAUUGUUUAAAUAUAAGGCAAUAAAAUACGGAGAAAAUAUAUUAUUGCAUUGAA